CCAGGUUUAAUGGCGCUGCCGCCGCCCUCCUGAGCGCAGAUUGGCUAGCCCUGUGGCCAUGGCAGAGGGGUGAGGCACCCGCCUCAGGCGACCCCCGUUCAGGAGCUCCAGAGACCACUGAGCUGUGGAACUCUGCCAGUGCCUUACCAGCAUGGAGUGCUUCCUUAGGAGAGUGGAAAAAGACCUGAAUAUUGACCACCGGCAGCUCACUGCUGCUGUUGAGGGGACCCAUCUCAUUGCCUUUGUCCCGGUGAGGUGGCUAGUGAGCCUGAAGGAGCGCAAGGUGCUGCCCACUCUGUGCCCCCGGCCUGAGGGGCUGAGUGAGGUGGAGGUGAGGACGUUCCUUCAGCACUCUGUGCAGAAGCUGCCUGCUGGCUGGACGAGAGUGGAAAUCCAUGGUCUGAGGAAAGAGAGGUUGGCUUAUCCACUGACUCUGCACGACAGUGCGCAGGACGAUCGGAACGGGCGCUUGGAAACACUCCAUGGGUUCAUGCAGAAUGUUGCUUCCCAGAAUUAUAGAAACUUGUGGCGUAGAGCUCACCGCCUGUAUGUGCAGCCGUACUGUCAUGCUCACACACCGCCCACAGUGCUGGCCCUGGACCUGCUCAGAGUGGCUCUUCAGAAGAUCUAUGGCUGCCCUUUUCUCCAGGUGGGUAGGAGCGUCCAGUAUGCCUCUACUGGCAAAGACUGUUCUACAGCCACAAAGGGGAUGUCCUCCUGCCCAAACAUCCUCCAAGCAGAAGCUCUUCUGGAGUCAGCCAACAUGCUAUACAUCAUCUAUCCAUAUGUGCAGUAUUGCUUGCAUGACAUUGUGACCUUCAGCCCUGCGAAGCUCACCAACAGCCAUGCCAAGGUCCUUUUCAUCCUCUUCCAUGUCCUGCAGGCCAUGAGGGCCUGUCACCAAGCGGGGCUGGCAUGUGGUCCCGUCUCCCUUCGUGAUGUGGCAGUUGAUGAGAAGCUGUGCAGCCAGCUCAGAAUUAACCUCCGCGAGUAUGAGAAACUGGAGGAGGAAGAGAGGGAUCUGAGAGCUGAUGAAGAACAAAGGGCUGAGAAAAGCAGGGCUGUGGAGUGGACUGGGAAGGAGGGUAGGCGCAUAGCUUGCCAGGAGGAGCUCAGGGGCCUUGUGCUGGAUUGGGUGCAUGGGCGAGUCAGUAACUUCCACUACCUUAUGCAGCUGAAUCGUCUGUCUGGACGGAGAAUGGGAGACCCCAACUACCACCCAGUUCUCCCCUGGGUGGUGGAUUUCACCACCAAAAAUGGCAAGUUCAGAGACCUAAGAAAAUCCAAGUUCCGCCUCAAUAAAGGAGACAAGCAGUUGGACUUCACCUAUGAGAUGACCAAGCAGGCAUUUGCAGCUGGAGGAUCAAGUGGAGAACAGCUCCAUGUGCCCCACCACAUCUCCGAUGUCCUCUCAGACAUCACCUACUAUGUCUACACUGCCCGGAGGACACCCAAGGCUGUGCUCUGCUGUCAUGUGAGAUCGCAAUGGGAGCCGAACGAAUACCCAGCCAGCAUGGAGCGCAUGCAGAGCUGGACUCCAGAUGAGUGUAUCCCUGAGUUCUACACAGACCCCACCAUCUUUAAAUCCAUUCAUUCUGACAUGCCUGACCUGGAUGUGCCAUCCUGGUGCAACUCCUAUGAAGAGUUCAUUGAAGUCCAUCGCAUGCUGCUGGAGAGCGGAGAGGUCUCUCAGGAUCUCCACCACUGGAUUGACCUCACUUUUGGCUACAAGCUGCUGGGGAAGGAUGCUGUCAAAGAGAAAAACGUCUGCCUCCAUCUGGUAGACAACCACACCCAUCUGACCAGCUAUGGAGUGGUGCAGCUCUUUGACCAGCCACAUCCCAGACGCAUGGUGGGACUUGCAUACGUUCCUGCUGAAGCUCCAGUCAUUGCUCGACCUCUCAUCCAGAAUGCCAGAGAGACAAUAGUCCUAGAGGAUGUCCAGGGUCAGAUGGGUGAUGGAGUUAAUGGGCUGGUCUUGGAAGCCACACCUUGUGAAACCAGCUGGUCUGGUGAAAAAUCCAUCAGCGGUGAGGAUGAUUUGGAGCAAGGCACUGAAGCUCUGGAUUCCAUUCCUGCAGCUGGCAGAGCCGCUGACCAGCCCUGUCCCUGCACGCCUUCAGCUCAGCCCUCCAACCUCCCUGCCUACGCUACAGAAGGCAAAACCUCAAGUGUCCGGCCUAAUCGAAGGAGUAAGUCUGGUGUGGCUCAAGUGGAAAGGGACAAGAUGAAGAUUAUGCUUCCUGAGGGUUUUAAUCCUGUCCAGGCCCUGGAGGAGCUGGAAAAACUGGACAACUUCUUGGUUAAAGGCUUAAACAGUGAGAUGGAGCUGAUGGAGCAGCCGCUGAUGGAGCUGCCGCUGGGCCUCUCAGAUCUUUUCCAGAGAGACAUGCAGGCACUGGGAGUUCUGAUAGCUGAGGUUGUGUUUGCGCCAAGGGUACGCACCCUGAAGCCAGACGCAUCUCUGCUGGAGCGGUUCCUGACCAUUCGGAAUCUUUGCCAGUAUCACCCGAAGGAGAUCCCAGCCCCACUCCAGCACAUGCUGGAUACUUUGCUGCAGCUGAACAUGCCUGAGGGGAGACUUCUAAAGAACAAGGUGGCCAAGGACCGAGUCCAGCUUUUUGAGUACAACCCUGUUUCCCAGGGUCUCCCACCACCCAGCCCCUCGCAGUUCCUUAGCCCUUUCAGCUCAGUUGUUCCCUUCCCUCCAUAUUUCCCAUCUCUGCACAAAUUCAUUUUCACCUACCAGUCAAAGAAAGUGGAGGAUGAGUGUCAAGGCCGUGAGCUUGUUUUCCAGCUGUGCCAGCAACUGGAGGGGAUCCUCUGUGAAAUCACUCCUGAAGGCCUGGAGAUCCUGCUGCCCUUCAUCUUAUCUCUGAUGUCGGAGGAGAACACUGCAGUCUAUACAGCCUGGUACCUGUUUGAACCCAUAGCUAAAGCCUUGGGCCCCAAGAAUGCAAACAAAUACCUGCUCAAGCCCUUGAUUGGUGCAUAUGAGAAUCCCUGCUGCCUCCAUGGCCGGUUUUACCUGUACACAGACUGCUUUGUGGCUCAGUUAAUGGUGCGUCUGGGGCUGCAGUCCUUCCUCUCUAAUCUGCUGGCUCACAUCCUGCAGAUCCUUGUUGGCGUUGAGAGCUCCCAGGAAGAAAGUAAGUCCCUUCUGGGAACGGCAGAAGAUGAGGAGAGUGGAGGAGGCAGUCCAGUUUCCUGUGCGUUUGGGGAAGAGAUCAAAAUGGAUGUGGAUCAUGGUUCCACGGCACUCGACCUUUUGGAUUACAUGUCUGGAGUCAGCUUCCACGACCAGGCCUAUCUACCAGAGAACGAGGAUUUCCAGAGUGGCCUCUAUGUCAGUGAGUCUCUGCAGCGUCAGGAGCAGGAAUUGCUUAGCCUCGGGCAGCUGAGUGACAAAAGCAGUGCCAGUGAAGUGUCGCUGGGAGAGGACAGACCUGCAGAUGGGGAUUCCCAGAAGGACAGGAGUAGCCUGAAGUCUGUGGACAGCAGUCAGGACCUGAAGCAGAGUGAAGACUCUGAAGAGGAAGAGGUGGAGGUGGAGGAGGAGGAGGCCACAGUUGCUACAGAGCUUACCCUGUCAGGUGGCACUGGUGCUUCCAUGGAUGCUGCCCUGGCUGAUGAUCACAGUGAGCCAGAGGAGGGGGAUGAGCAGGAGCUGCAUGACCACUCUGAAGAUAAAGAGCAGACGAUUCUCCUGGACACGGCCUGUAAGAUGGUGAGGUGGCUCUCGGCCAAACUGGGCCCUACUGUGACAUCUCGUUACAUUGCUAGGAACCUGCUCCGUCUCCUCACAUCCUGCUAUAUUGGUCCUACCAGACAGCAGUUUGUACCAAGCAAUGAGGAGAACAGUCCCCUGAAUGCCGGAAACAUCUACCAGAAGCGACCAGUGCUGGGGGACCAGGUGUCCAAGCCGGUCCUGGCCUGUCUCCUAUAUAUGGCAUACCUGUAUGGAGAGCCUGUUCUGACCUAUCAGUACCUGCCCUACAUCAGCUACCUGGUUGCCCCUAGCAGUGGGGUUGGCUCUGGCCGACUAAACAGCAGGAAGGAGGCUGGGCUGCUGGCAGCUGUGACUCUGACCCAGAAGAUAAUCGUAUGCCUUUCAGAUACCACCCUGAUGGACAUUCUCCCCAAGAUCAGCCAGGAUGUCCUGCUCCCAGUACUGGGCUUCCUGACCUCACCUGCCAUUGGUUUCCCUAGUGGUGCCCAGGCCCGCACUGUCUUGUGUGUUAAGACCAUCAGUUUAAUUGCCCUGAUCUGCCUGCGGAUUGGGCAGGAGAUGGUGCAGCAGCACUUGAGUGACACUGUAGGAACCUUCUUUGGGGCUUUCUCGCUGCUGCAGGAACUGCAAGAGCAGGGUCUGUCUUCAGAGUCACUGAGCCCUGGUGAGAUGCCUGAGCUGGAGGUGUCCUUCUCAGAUGGGAGAGUGCUGCCCCUGGGCCCCGCCACGCUGGCAGAGUUACAGAAAGUUUUUAGCCCAGAGAUGGCCUACACCACCUAUGUCCCCUUCUCUUGCCUGCUAGGUGAUGUUAUCCGGAUGAUUGUCCCUAACCACUUGCUGGUUGGGAGACUGGCCAACUUGUACCUGGAGAGCGUGAACCCAAAGAGCCUGCCUUUGGUCAGUCAGGAGCCAGCACUGGGUACAGCCUGCUUGGACCAGGAUGCCCGAGGCAGUGAACCCAGUUCCGAACACCAUGAAGACAGUCACUCGGGCACCUUUGGGAGCAUGCUGGUGGGAAACCGCAUUCAAGUCCCUGCGGACACACAGCAUGCGAGUUCUGGCUCGCUCUGCUUCAGCCCCAGAGCUGAUGGUUUUUGCCCCUCUUCUGCCAGUGAGAAUGUCCUGAAGCAGGAUCUGCCCCGCAGUGCUCACAUGCUAUGUGGGAACUGGCUGGCCUACUGGCAGUACGAGAUCGGGGUAAGCCAGCAUGACCCCCGCUUCCACUUCCACCAGAUCAAACUGCAGAGCUUCUUGGGGCACACGGGGGCCAUCAAGUGUGUGGCACCACUCAGCUGUGAGGACUUCUUCCUGAGUGGCAGCAAAGAUAAAACUGUCUGCCUCUGGCCCCUCUACAACUCUGGGGAUGGCACCAGCGAGACGGAGCCACGGCUCACGUAUGCUCAGCACAAGAAAUCUGUCUUCUACGUGAGCCAGCUGGAGGGCCCACAGCAGGUGGUGAGCUGCGAUGGUACUGUUCAUGUCUGGGACCAGUUCACAGGUAAACUUCUCCGGACCUUUGAUGCAUUGGACAGCAAAGUUCCCAUCACUGCCGUGACCACCAUGCCCUCUCCCCACAGCAGCAUCUCUGUGGCCAGUGCAGACUCUGUGCUGCGCUUCAUUGACCACAGGAAGCCAGGAUUACAGCACGAGUUCCGCCUGGCCAGUGGCGUGAGCGCUGGGCUAAUCCGCUGCUUGGCUGUCAGUCCCAGCGGGCGCAGUGUAAUGGCUGGCUUCUCAUCUGGAUUUAUUGUGCUGUUGGACACCAGGACUGGGCUCAUCUUGAGGGGGUGGCCAGCCCAUGAGGGAGACAUCCUGCAGAUAAAGGCUGCAGAGGGCAGUGUGCUAAUCAGCUCAUCUUCUGAUCACUCCCUGACUGUCUGGAAGGAACUGGAGCAGAAGCCUUUGCAUCAGUAUAAAUCUGCUUCUGACCCCAUCCAUGCCUUUGACCUCUACGGCAGUGAAGUGGUGACCGGCACUGUGGCCAACAAGAUUGGCGUCUACUCCAUGCUGGAGUCAUCAGCCUUCCCCACCACCACGACCAAAUUGAGCUCAGAGAACUUCCGGGGCACCCUGACCAGCCUGGCUGUGUUGCCCACUAAAUGUCAUCUCCUCUUGGGUUCUGAUAAUGGAGUGAUACGUCUCCUGGCAUAGUGGCCUCCAUGGCCUAUCUGCCUGGUGCCCUGUGCAGUCAGUUCCACUAGCUCUGGUAGUAGCACGUAAGGCCAAUAUCUUCGCUCAUGGGGGAAAGGAGGUGAGGUAUUUCUCCGGGAUACAAGAUACAGGGGAGCAUACUUGUUAAGGAGUUCUCAGUAAAUCAUCCCCAACCCCUGCCUGCAUUUGAAAAAGCCAUAAUGGAGGAACCUCCACUGCUACUGGGAGAAAUCUGGGCAUUGCAGGGCAGCAUCAGCCCCCUGCAAGAGGCCUGGAGCCUUCCACACCGUGUGUGCCUGACUCGCCCGGGACUGAGCUGCUCUCGAGAGAAGGGUAGACUCUGGGUGUUCUCCCGCCUCCCUCCAGCACAGGAGUGAGAGGAAGCGCUUGGUAAGAGAAACACAGCUGCUGCCCUCCACACUCUAUCCCAGAAUUGCUGGAAAGUCACAAAGGGGUGGGGCCAGCUGAGCCUGGGAACUGCCUGGUUUUGGGCAUGCUCGCCUAUGGGGCCUGUAGGGCACUGAGCUAUUUGGUUGUCCUGGAAGGUGAGGGCUGAAGGGACACGGGUUCUUUUUCUCAGUUUGUUUUAUAGUCUGCUGCAGUCCUAUUAACAACCCCACCCCUGCCAUGGCAUCCAUCUGGGAACCCUUCCCAGCACCCACUGUGGCUUCUCGUUGAUCCUAGGGCAGUGGCGGGUAGCCAAGCCAGCCAUUUACCCCCUCUUUGAGGGUGGGAAUGUGCCUGCAGAGGGGUGGGGCAGCCCCAGCUGCCAGGGAAGGCAAGAACUAGAUCUGUCUGGGGGGUUUCAGGCUCCCAGCCAGGCCCUCUGCCCCGAAUCUCUGCGUGCUCCUGGAGUGGGGGGGGAAUGUACCUCUUUCCCUAGCUCCUGUCCCAGAAGAGGCAGAUCCAUGUUCCCCGUGAUGGCAGGGAGGGGAUUUCUUUUGUGUGCUCUGGAAUGAGGCUGUUGGCUGCUCCUUUCGAAGGCGGGGCCCCCUCUGAGCUGGGUGGAGUUCAGGCUCACGGAGGAGGGUAGCUUGAGCCCCUCUUUGCUGUCAUACCUCACACUCUACCCUACAGGUUUAGGACAGCGAGGGGCAGGACCCAGCAUGCCUUGCACCCGCAAAGUGCUGCCCUCUGCCCCAGAACUCCGUGGCUAGAACAGCCCUCUCCAGGCAGCAGUGCUUGAGUUGUGUCUGGGGGGGAAGAGGGCAUUCCCUGGGCCCAUCAGUGAGGGUAGCUGCCUGUCCAUACCCCAUGGCUUCGUUCUCCUGCAGGCUCCCUCUCAGUCUCUUGAGCUACUCUGAGACUUUGCAGAAUGGUGCUGAGGAGUUGGGAGCCUGAUGAGAGGGGCCUGGCCUGAGAUUAACACUCCACCUGGUGGAGGUGGAGGGAAGGAGACUGGGCAACUCCUGCUGGCUCUGGGUGGAGCUUAGAGACUGUGGGGAAGGGCUGUCAUCCUGCCCAGGUGGGAGUCCCGGGGCUACCCACUGCUGGUGGGGGGUGGGGUCUCUACUUCCCACUGCCCUAUGCUUGCAGAUGGAGGGUGGGGGAGAUGAGCACUUAGUCCCUUGCUCUCCCUCCAUUUGGGGAGGGGAGGGGAGCUCUGUCCUUUGUUGCCUAUUAACCAUUUGCAAUAGAUGUAAUAUUAAUUCCAAUAAACCCUUUGAACGAGAC